CACGCCGCCUCGGACCCUUGGCCGGCGCAUGCCAGAGGGCGCCGCGGGGCUUCCCGCGUUGCACGCCUCGCGCCGCCUCUGCGCCUCUCGCCUCUCCCUUCGCGCCGACCACCUCUCCCACGACGGGGCCCGAUCCAUUCUCCCGUGCCACCUCAUCCGGCCUCGGCGCUGCCAUAUAGGCCCGGGGCAUCCACGUCUCACCUCACGCCCGCACGCAUGCCCGGCGCGUCGCUCUGAACUCGCCGCCGCCCCGACGCGCCUUGCCGCUCUCGCCAUGGCAGCCACGCUCCUCGCACCCGCCAGUCGGCCACGCGCCGUCUCCACGCCGCAGCGCACGCAGACCGCCUCCUCGACGAGCAGUCGCGACACGAGUGCGCUUUCCCUUGCCACCACCGCCUCCGACUCUGCCGCAACGACGUCCUCGCCCUCGCCGCCCGCUCGCCGCGCCGCCAUCCCACCCACUCCGGACUCGGCGCCGGCGCGGCGCAGCAGUGCCUCUUCCGCCAGCUACCUGCCCGUCAUCUCGCAGCGCAUGUCCUCCCUCGAGCCGCUCGACUCGCCGGGACGCCGGCGGCGCGGCUCGCGCAAGCGUGCCGGCGUCGCGGGCGUGGCGAGCGCCAGUGCGUCGCGCGACAGCACGAGCAGCAGCAACAGUGCGGGCAGCAUCAGCUACAUCUACGGCCCGGCCUCUCAGUCUGCGGCCGUCUAUACGCCGCCGACGUCUUCGCCGCCCUCGCUCUCCUUCUCCCGCACCGACUCGUCCCUCACCGACCAUCUGACGUUUGACAUGGAGCUGCGCGCGCCCUUCAACGGCGCCCCGGCGGCGCCCGAGGGCGCAGCGCGUCCGGCUCCUCGGCGCGACGUCAGUUCGCGCCUCGACUUUCUGCCUUCGCCCUCGCCGGGCGAUUCGCCUCUGCUGGCCUCGCCGCCGUUGCACGGCCGGCCCGCAGAGCUCGUGGCGCUCGAUGCCAAGCGGCACGAAGACUUUAGUCCGCGCACCGCCGCGCUCCUCUUGCCGCCAGUCGUGGGCUUUGAGCACGUCGCCGCGCCCGUCGAGUCGCUCAGUUCCGCGCAUCAUCCCUUCGCUCCCAGCUCGCGCCACGCUUCGCCCUCCCUGCUCGAGGGCCAUCCCUUCGCGAGCUCGCCGAUGCAAAAGACGCCGAGCAGCGCCAGCAACGGCAGCGGAGUCUACAGCCGCAUCCGCCUGGCUGCGAGCGCCAACAAUCUGCGUGCGGCCUUCACGACCAACUGGCGCAAUCGCUCUGCGAGCAACGUAGGCGCCAUGAACGACGAGCGCCCUUCGCAGCUCCUCCAGACGCCCGCGUCGCCGGCGCUGGCGCCGCUCGCCAGUCCAGAGCGCAGCUUCCUGCCGGACUUCUCCGAUGCUUCGCGUCGUGCUGCACACGCCGCAGCGCAGCCACACGACGACGCCAGCACGCACACGCCGCAGCGCAGCUGGCAGAGCAAUCCGCCGCCGUGUGUGAGUCUCUCGCCGGAGCCGCCGCAGGGCCGCUUCGUCGCUGCAGGCCUCGCUCCGCCCGAGCCCAGCAGCAGCAGCAGCAGUGGCACCGGAGGCACGCUGCGCAAUCUCUUCCGUCGCAAGUCGCGCGUCUCUGCUGCCGACACUGCCGCUGCUGCCGCGGCCGCUGCGGCGGCCGCGAAAGAAGCCAUGAUGCCAGUGGUGUACAUCAAGCAAGGCGAGUCCGCAUACAGUCUCAAGCCGGGAGAGUCGGCGUGGGAGGCGUCGCUGCGCGAGCAGGACGUGAGGCAGGCAAAGGAGAAGCGCGAGAAGGAUCGCCAGAUCAAGGCCGUCAUCUUGAUGGCCGAUCUCAGCAUCGACAAGCCUCGCGGCAGCGCAGAACGGAAGAAGCGAGGGGCAAACUCUUACGUGUCGCACGGAGAGACUAGUCAAGCCUCAAUCGACUCUGCGUCGCUGCACUCCAGCUCGCCGCGCGAGACGCCAAGACGUCGAGGCAGUCUUGUGGCGGAGCACAAGACGCGUGAGGCAAGACAGGCUGCCACUGUCGGUGGCUCGGUGGGCGCCUCGGUGCUCUCGAUGCUGGGCCAUCAGCCCGACGCGAGUCUGCGCUCCGAAAGUCCCUCGACGCCGCUCUCCAAUAAGCUCUCGCAGCGCUCGCAGCGCACGACGCCCGGCAGCCACUCGCACUCGGAACAUGCGUCGCUGCCGCGCAGUCAGGCGCGCACGACGCUCGGCAAGGACGCCAGCUACAUCUCGCCUGACAGCAGCUGCGCCAACAGUCUGCACAGCGGCGACGGCCACGCCAAGGCAAACGCUGCGGGCCGUGCUCGUGGCUCUUCGAGCGCCAGCUCUACGACUCGAGCGCUCGGUGCAAUUCGCUGGGGAGAGGGAGGCAACAGGGGCGCCUCGACUGUGCGUCCCAGUUCAGGCCUCGGCCUUCAGCUGCACGGCAUGGAAGACCACGAUCCGUUCCGAGAUGAUCGACCUCCUGCGCUGCCGGACAAGGACAAGGACAUGCUAGGGCUGGCGUCUGCCUCUUCGAAGCGGCUCGACUCGCUGGCCUCGCCUCGGGGCUCGCUCGCACACUCGAGCAUCAGCAGCUCUCCUUCGCCAGCCAAGUCUCCCACGCGCACUCGAGGCAUGCUGCUGCCGCACAACAACGACGAGCUGAGCGUGAUUGGCGAGCGCUCGACGGAAAACACACCAGCGACGACUCAGGCUCCACUGCCUGCGCAUCCGUUCGCUGCCUUCGGACAGACGCCACUUGCGACGCCGCCCGCCAGCGCCAAGAAGCUGCCUCGUGCUGCUGCUCCUCAUUCUGCCGCGCACGCUUCGCCGCGAGCGAGCAAGGAGAACACGCUGCUGCGUCCAGCUUCCAAGUCGGACAUGCGCGUCUUGACAAAGGCACAGCCCGUCCUUGCACCUACGUCUGUGCAAGUGAGCGUCGCCUCUCUGCCGUCGCUCGCGCAGCUGGCAAGCGAGUGUCUCUCUGCGUCUCGCAGUGGCGAUUCUCUGUCGGCAUGGAGCGAAGUGAAGGGCAAGCUCCUCUCGCCCGCCUCCGCCAAGGACUCGCUGCCCAAGAGCUGGGUCGCCUACGUGCGGGCGUACGCGCGCGGAGAGAUUGAUGUUUCGCACGCUCCGAGACCGAGAGCGGCUCCCUUGGUGCAGAAGGCCGUGCCUCGAGCCUCGCCCAAUCUCUGUCCGCCCUCGCCUUCGCCGUCCAAGAGCGUGCGCGCCAAGAGCAGUGUCUCGUCUCUCGGCGCCGUCUAUGAGACGCCCGUGCAUGCACUCGGACGCUCCAGCGCACUCGAUCUCUCCACUCCGCCGCCGCCAACGCAAGAAGCACGCUCGUCCAUGUCGGCCAUGCGCAGUCCCAAAUUGCUGCUCAAGAAGCAUCGUUCGCGCGAAGUCAUGCGUCUGCCGGUCGAGGACCAAGACCUGAACAUGCGAGAAGCAGAGGAGGUGGCUGCGAUUGGCGGCGAAGGUGAUCUGCGAGCUCCGCGGCCGCCGUUUGAAGCGCAGCGGCAAAGCCUAGCGAGACAGUUUGACGUGGCUCUCUCGCGCACGGCCAACAAUGCGCGACUGUCGGCCAUCGUCAAGCGUGUAGCUACAACGCUGGAGACGAGCAAUGCGGCGAUCACGCUGCUGCUAGACGAGGAGGCCAUCGUGGUGGCACACUUUACCGUCGAGCAGCACCACGCGCGCGCCAGCCUCGAGGUGGAUCCGAUGAUGCUGCAUUCCAACGGCGUUCGUCGCUCUAGCAACGCCUUUCUCGCGCAGCAUCACACGACGGCACGCCUGCGCGACCAGACGUUGGACGCGCACGCCAUUCUCAGUCGCGCCGGCGCCGCCGUGGUGUUGACUGAUCUCUCCAAGGACUGGCGUUUCCACGAGCGCGAGUCGGCGAGCCACUCGAGGUUCUACGCCGCCGCAAGCGUGCUGUGCAGUGGCCUGCCCGUCGGCACGCUCAGUGUCGCCGCUGCGUCGCCGCGCGAGCUUGCGCGCGAACAGCGCGACAUGCUCGUGGCGGCGGCGGCGGAAGUAGCACAGGAACUGGAGCGCAUUCAGCUCGAAGCUCUCAAGAUGAAGCUGCAGAGCUGGGACAGCGAUCUUCGUGCCUGGGCCUCUGCCACUGGCGACGCCGAACACACGCCUCAGCUGUCGACGACGCCCGCACAACGCGGCAUUGAGGCAGUGAUGCUUGCGCCGCCCAAGUCUCCCUCUUCUGCCCUCGCACAGCGCAGAGGCGCACGUGCGCCCUGCAGUCUCUCCAUUUCUGCCUCGCCGCAGCCUGCCGCCGUCGAACUCUGCGGUGCCGACUCGGCCAGCUCGCGCAUCGCCUCUGCGCUGCGGCUCAUCUCGCGUGCCCUGGACGUCGAGUUGGUGUGGAUUGCACGCGUCGGCUCCGAUCCGCUGGCCUGUCAUCUCGUCGCUCGGCACGACGGAGGCCUGCGCGACGCCGGCGAGCUCAAGCUCGAUGCGCCGCUGCAUCUCUGUGCCUUGGCGGCGAUGCAUCAAGGCCUGCGCUUCGAGGCCGACGUGGAGCGCGUGCAGCAGCUGCUCGGCCUUGCGCCGCCGCAAGCCGAGGCGGCGACGACGGCAGUGUGUCCGUUCAGCAGCGAGCCCGUCAACAUGCUCGGUGCGCCGUUCCACGCCGCCAUUGUCGUGGGCUGCGGUCUCAAGGAGGGAGGCCGGGCAUGGCGAGGCACCGAAGGCUUCGUGCUGGGUGUGGCAAAGCGCAGCGCCGCAUCGACGGCGCCUCAAAGUGCACAACUCGGCGCCGAAGCGUCGAUGUAUCUGAUGCGCUUCGCCUCGCUCCUCUCGUGCCUUCUCCUCGAUCGGCCCUGUUCGCCUUGCGCGACGGAGCUGCCACUUGCCUCGUCACUGGAGCAGCCCAGCCGAUCGCCACUGUCGACGCAGUCCGCCUCGGUGCGCAACCAAGCCUCUCCGGCGGUGCGCACGGUGCCGCUGCCGGGCGGAGGAGGAGGAGUCGUAGUCGUCGGCAAGUCGGUCGCUCGGCGCGCCCUGUCGCCCCACAUGCUCGCCGGCGGCCUACCUUCUCCUCGCAGCGUCAGUGCGGGAGGACACACUGGCAGCAGCAGCAGCAGCCACGCAAACAGCGGUCGUCACAGUCCCUUUUGCAAUUCGCCUCGUUCGGCCUCGGCCACGUUGGCGGCGCGCGAGGCACGGCGCCUGAUUCCCGCGGCGACGCCGCCGCCCAGCGCGCCGCUGCCUCUGCUGCCCCUUUCGCCCCUCUCGCCCACCGACACGGCACACACGUCGCUGGCGGGCUCGCCCUCCAGCAUGGUCACGGCCUUCGAGGACGGCGAGGAGUUUGAGAUGCAAAACGCGCCGCCUGCGUCUGCCUCCGCUCCCGCGCCGCCGCCGCCGUCGUCGUCGUCGUCGUUGCGCAAGCGCGACGACGUCGAGUACCUCGACUCGGACGCGGAGAGCGAGGCGUCGGGCGAGUCCUUCCUGCUCUAGAUCAUCGCACCACGUCCUCUCUGCACUCAGACUCUUGCUGCUUCGCAUCCUGUCGCGCCAUUCCCCGCACUUCUCCUUGGCGCUCGCUGCUUGCCAUCUCCUCGCAUCUCCCUCGCACGCAGCUCCACCUCUUGUUGCGACUUUCGCCUCCGCUUGCCAUGCAAACGCAACACGCUGUAUCACUAAUCUGCUUCCUUGUACGCGUGUUACUGC